AUGACCAAGAAGAGCAAGAACGAGCUUGCUCAAGACUUGAAAGAAAUAGAGUCAAAGGUCCAUAAGUUGAUAAUAGACCUCGGCAAGGAGAGGAGCGACGAAAGCAUCACAUUGAAAAUCAGUGAUAAAGUAUUGAUAAAGAAGCCUAAGAAAGGGCAGGAAACGAUUGGAAUAAUCGAAUCGUUUGAAAAGAAGUUUGUCACAGUAAAGACGGCAACACAAACGAUCAAGAGAAUCCCACAGAACUUGAAGAAAGCGAAAUUGAAGAAGAAGAAGAAAAAAGAUCUGGAAUCGCCAUGA